AGAACUCCCCUGGCGCCUUUAACUCGCGGUACGGAUCCGUCGGGGCCAGGUGGGGGUGUAGCGCUCCAGGUUCGGAGGCUAUCCCCUCGCUGGGAAGAAGGCUUCGCAGGGACAGACUGGAUGGCGAGGCCCACCAGAAAGAGGAGCAGGAACGACUGCCGCAGCACCCACAGCUCCCACGGUGGCGGCCGCGACUGGGCGGUCCGAGGCGCAGCGAGCCCUGAGUCUCGUCAGGCCCGGCCCUACCUCCCCUCGACUGACGACAGCGGAAGCCAGGCGGCGAGGCCGGCUGAGGGCGUCGCGGUUGGCAGCGGGGCAGAGGCGGUGUCGCUCCGCCCGCGGCGGCGGUGUCUCGCGUUCUGCUUGCUCAGCUCAGCCCAGCCAAGCCCAGCCCUCUCCUGCAUGAGGGAGGCAGCGAGUGAGCCCGGCCACUCCGCGCCGCCGGCAUGUCUGCGCCCUGCUGCGCCGGCCAGUUGGCCUGCUGCUGUGGUACUGCUGCUUGUGCCUUGUGCUGCAAAUGCUGCCCCAAGAUAAAACAGUCAACCAGCACCCGCUUCAUGUACGCGCUUUACUUCAUCCUGGUGACUAUCAUCUGCUGUGUGAUGAUGUCAACAACAGUAGCUAACGAAAUGAAAACACACAUUCCCUUCUACAAGGAAAUGUGCAAAGGUAUUCAGGCAGGAGAGAUGUGUGAGAAGUUGGUGGGAUACACUGCAGUGUACAAAGUCUGUUUUGGAAUGGCCUGUUUCUUCUUUUUAUUCUUCUUGUUCACCAUCAAGGUUAACAGCAGCAAAAGUUGUCGAGCAUACAUUCAUAAUGGAUUCUGGCUUAUUAAACUUAUACUUCUCGCAGCAAUGUGCUCAGGAGCCUUCUUCAUUCCUGAUCAGGACACUUUCCUCAAUGCCUGGCGAUACAUAGGAGCGACAGGAGGGUUCCUUUUCAUUGCCAUUCAGCUCAUCCUGCUUGUUGAGUUUGCACACAAAUGGAAUAAAAAUUGGACUGCAGGUGCAAACCACAAGCAGAUGUGGAAUGGUUUGCUUGCCCUCGUCACUCUCAUCUUGUACUCCAUUGCUGUGGCAGCCCUGGUCCUCAUGGCGCUUUUCUACACACGCUCAGAGGGCUGCAUGUACAACAAGGUCAUGAUUGGUGUUAACGGUGGCCUGUGCCUCUUUGUGUCGCUGGUGGCUAUAUCUCCCUGUGUCCAGAACUGCCAGCCCCAUUCUGGUUUGCUGCAAUCUGGAAUUAUCAGCUGCUAUGUUAUGUAUCUCACAUUCUCAGCACUAUCCAGCAAGCCACCAGAAACUAUCCUGGAUGAAAACAAUCAGAACAUCACAAUCUGUGUACCUGAAUUUAGUCAAGGCCUGCACAGAGAUGAAAACCUGGUUACUGGCUUGGGUACUACCAUUUUGUUUGGCUGUAUUUUAUAUUCUUGUUUAACCUCAACAACACGUGCAAGCUCAGAGGCCCUGAGGGGAAUAUACGCAGCGCCUGAAACUGAAGUAGCUCGUUGCUGCUUUUGCUGCGUGCCUGAUGGAGAUGCUGAUGCUGAAGAGCACACUGCAAGUAGGGGAGGCCAGACUGUGAUUUAUGAUGAGAAGAAAGGCACGGUGUACAGUUAUGCCUACUUCCACUUUGUUUUCUUCUUGGCUUCGCUCUACGUGAUGAUGACAGUAACUCACUGGUUUCAUUAUGAAAGUGCUCAGAUCGAAAAAUUCUUCACUGGAACCUGGUCCAUCUUCUGGAUUAAGAUGGCGUCCUGUUGGGUUUGUGUCGGUCUGUACUUGUGGACUCUCUUGGCUCCGCUCUGUUGCCCAGCCAGGGAGUUCUCAGUGUGAACACUGCGACCAUCCUUCUGUGGUUUUAAUUUCUUUUUCCCCCCGCUCUGUUACAAAUAAAAUACAAGAGUCAUUUUGUAAUGAGGAAACCCCUACUUCCAGCAAUCUACCAGUUAGUCACUUUUUAGUCAGACUAAACAAAUGGUCAGAGACUUUUUUACUGGUUUUUAAUUGUCACAAGCAUUGCCCAAAGGAACAAAUCCCUUUCUAAAGCUUUGUAGUGCCGAUGCGCGGAGUGUAGGAAUCUGUUGUUGUGAAUACUGACGAUCUUUCUCUGGCUUCAUUGGCAAGGAAAAAAACCAUGAUAAUCAUGAUGCAGGUUUACCCUGAUGUACCUUCUUCCUUGCUGUGGACGCUAGAAUGUCUUCUAGCAAAUAUGCAUUCCUUUUUUAUACUCUUUUAUUAGCACUGUCUUUUACAGUUUGCAGCGACGAUCCAGACCGCCGUUUUGUACAGCAGGUCAUCGUUGUUAGUAGUAUCCAGACAAUUUUUCUUUUCCAAAAACAUAACUAAAUACUUCUAUGGAAAGAGAAUAUGUAAGAAUCUGAUUGCCAAAGCACCUACUAAAAGUUGUUUAUCUAAAUACUAAAUAUAUUUAAGUUAUUGUAUACUGAGAUUGAGAAAGGAAUGUACCAAUGAUAAUAGAGUAUUUAUUCUAUUAUAACUUUAAAAAGCACCUGAAUAUUUUGUGCAGUUCAGAUCUAGUCCAGUUGUUAGCAGAAGGGGAUUUCUUACACAUAAGUUUUAAAACUGGAUUCUGUCCAACUUGGCUUUGCUGGCACACUGCAAGUUGUGUGUACUGCACAGAGAUUUAAGAUAUGGUGCAUUCUUUAUUCAGAACGUUUGCUGUGGAGAAAAUGCUAAACACAGGCCUGCUGCCAGUCGCUGUUCAAUUUAAAAGUGGAGUGCUCGUUUACUUUUCUACCCUGCUAUUUCAGCUCGUCUCUAAAGAUCUUCCAGCAUCUCCAGUUCUGUUUCCAUUACUAAUUUUGUAAUAUUUUAAAUGCUUUGAUGGUCCAAAAAGGACUGUAAUGUGUCAUCUUCCUUUUCUGCCUGUGUUGGUUGGAAAGCAUUCUUACUAACUGCUGUAUUUUCAUACUCCUCUGUUUCCUGUUGGGAUGGAAUUGAGCCAAGCAAACCAUUAAUGGAGAAUAACCUUGCUGUUGUGUAUGCCUAUUCCAAGCAGUGGAGUGGGCAGUCAGAAAAACAAAACCAGAUGACACAACUGCAACAGCAGCUGCCAUAGUACAAGUUACUGACUUGACAAUGUUAAACCCUACCGUAUUGCUUUUAUUUGCUUUAAGCAGGUGAUUUGGUGGCAGAAUGACAGCUCAGAUGCCCUAAAAGCUGAAUAAAGUUGAACCCACUAUUGGUAUUCACAUUCCAGUGGGAUGAAUUUAUGACUUAAUGCUAGUCCCAGAGGUUUUGUCUCCUCUCUCUUUUUCUAAGCAAAAUCAACUGAUUUAGUAGUUCUUCUUUUUGAAAUAAGAUGGAGCCUUAAAUCUUCACCCAGUGCUUUCUGCAAAACAAAGAAAAGCACAAGAGAGAGGCCAGUGAGAUGGCCAGAAUAUUUGCAUGCCUUAUUUUUUCUGCUGCAAUAACUGCUGGCUAAUGUACACCUGGUAAGUAAUCCUAAUACAGCAGAUCUCUAUUCUGCUUGGUUUCAUUAUCAUUUUUAACUGCCUCAUUGCUGUGGUAUUCUUGGGCUCCUGUCCUGUUUGGAGCUUGCCAGGAGUAUGAUCUUCACAAGCCCAUGCACUCUUACCUCAAAUAAAAUCUGCAGGUCUGCAGUUCUGUGUACUUACACCACCUACCCCAGUGAUUAGAAGACUCAAAAUACAUCUCUUAGGAAAUGUGAGGGAAGGAGGGGGCUGCCCAGAGAUGACUCUUGCUGCUCUUCUUGUUUGUGCUUAGGGGGAAAAAAAAGCAGUUGAAGCUUAGCUUUGACAUUGAGUUAGAAAGACAACAAAGAACUCUGAAGAAAGAAGCAGAUUUUUUCUUUCCUUUUGCCUCCACUGGAAGGUUCUGAUCUUGCCAAGAGCUCUGCUAGUGUGAGGGCCUGUGACUGUGUUUCUGCCUGCAUUUGGAGUCUAGCCACACAGAUUCUUCUGCUCCAGAAAUAGGCCUUUGUUAACACGUUUGCAAUCUAGAAGCCUUUAUCUGUCCCAUCGCUAAGAUAAGAGCUUAUAGACUGUGCAGUGAUGACUAACAGUUGUCCCACCUAGCUCACAGCAGCUAUUCUCACGAACAGUCUUGAUCCAGCACUGCAGCUCUGAGUUGCAGCUGAGAUAGCCCAGGCUCUUGUGCCUCCCUUCAUGAGUGCUGUUCCCUAGAGAAGAUUGCAAUAUUUGUCUUCUAGUGUAGUAUCUGUUGUACUAUGAGAAACCAAACAGAUUUAAUUUUAAAUUAUCAGUGUCUUUUUUUUUUUUUUCUAACAGAAUGAUGUAGGCAAGAAGCUCUGCAGAAGAUGUGCAGGAUUUCAGAGUGUAGGGCAGAGAAUGGUAACUGUGCUCUGGUUCUGAUAGCAGGCAUCCCAGUCUUAAAUGUAGAUGAUCUUAAUGCAUAUCUUGGCCAAUGGAUGUUCUUCUUCGUUUACAAAAAUAUGUAUUUUAUGUAGGCAUUAUCUGCCUGCAUAAGGACUUCCCGUACCUCUUUGUUCUCUUUUGUGUGGGUUUGCUUUUUUGGGUUUGUUUCCUUUUUUGUUUGUUUGGGGUUUUUAAUAGUUUGCACUUAAGGAAAUAGGUUUUGCUCAGAGGAAACAGGGUUGUGAGAGGAAAGGACACAGGGAGGCAUGGGUCCGUUCUUCUAACACAGCGUUCACCUCAUGUUGUUGCUCUUAGUAGAAUGCUUUGGGUUGGAAGAGACCUUUAAAAGUCAUCUAACCCAGCUUCUCUGCAGUGAGCAGGGACAUCUUCAACUAGAUCAGGUUACUCAGAGCAUCAUCCAACUUAACCUGGAACGUUUCUAGGCAUCCACCACCUCUCUGGGCAACCUGUUAUGGUGUUUCACCAUCCUAAUUGUGAAAAGUUUAUUCUGUAUAUGUAGUCUGAGUCUGUGCUCUUUAGUUUAAAACUAUUACUUCUUGUUCUGUCUGAAUAGGCCCUACUAAAAAGAUUGUGCCCAUCUUUCUUAUAGCCCCCUUUUAAGUACACAAAGGCUGCAGUAAGGUCUCCAUUUUUCCUGGCUGAACAACUCCAAUUCUUGUAGCCUUUCUUCACAGGAGAGGUGUUCCCAACCCUCCAUUCUUCCCUUCCACCAACUCUUAACCUUAUGCAUCUGGAUCUGUGGCUGUAUGUAUAGUGUGAGUGGGGCUGUAUCUGCUUUUGGACAAAUGUUGUGGGAAAAGACCCCAAAAAUAACUCUGGGGAUCUUUGUGUCCAGGCUGUGGUGCCAGAUGCAGUGAUGGUUCUCCAGGGCUUCCUAAGGAGUCGGUAACUGGUGGCAGCUGGUUGCGCAAAGCCUCAGGUUCUUGAGUGAGGCACAGCUUCCUGCUGACAGGACAAACGUGACAGCCUUGGCCAUUUGCUGUAAAAUCUGUAUGGUGAACUUGCAACUACUUAAUAAAAUCCUCAUCUAGGGUCAAGGAUUCAAAUGCCCAGUUCAUAGAUUCCAAAUGGUUCAUGCGAAUGGGCUUUUAAAACCUUUUGAAGAAGUGCCUUCAUACUUCCUGCUGUGACAGCUAAUAGUUCAAGUGGCACUGGAGCUGAAAAACCUGAACUGAGCCUCUGAAUAGGUGGUGCUUCCUUCUGUGUUACACUGGUCUGUACACAGCAUACUUAUAUCUGUAGUGCAUGUGGAAAAUCAAAUAGUUAGUGUUUGACAAACCUCUGGGGAUGAGACUUAAUUCAAUUAGUACUGUGCCGUGGAAUUAAAACUGGGAAAACCCACAGGCAGCCUGGUGCUUUUGGAAACAAAUAACAGGUGUGGCUUAUGUUUAUGGUUGAAGAGUUAACUUUCUUUCCCCAUACCUGAAGUGCAGGUGAGCGCUUUGUUUGAGGCAGUUACCUGUGCAGUGUCUGUCCUGCCUGGUGCCAUGGUGGUUCAUUGAAUUCAUUCUUGAACUUAAGUGAGCAGUGCAGUGUUUCUGGCUUCUUGCAUUUUCGGGCUGUGUGAAGUGAGGAAGCUGUUGUUACAAAGACAGGAAAAACUAGAGAACGUAUCCUGUAUUGAAUUUCCUCCAGCUAGAGCUGGGCUUAUGCUGUCCUUUAAAGGGCUCUGGGAGGAACAGAACUUACUUCCGCUGGGAAAGUGAAACAAUUUUUUUGUCCUUUUUCUACAUUUUUGAAUUUGCUAUUAUAAGACAGGUUGUUUGGAGCCUUGCCGCUGCACUGACAGUUGAGACUGGGACAAUGUUAGGUUUUCUUAUCAAGGUGACUCAGACCUGCAGUCGUGACUGAUACUUUGGGACAAAUCAAUGGGACAGACUCGGAGAGCAAGUCUCUGAGUUCAGAUAGCUGGACUAACAACUAAGGCCAUAAAGUGUUGAGAAGGUGCAGAAGGCAGAUGAACAUGCUUGUUUGCAGUGGAUCAUCUAGCUCCUCAGAGCAUGCUGAUUGCUAAGUAGGGAACUCUGCUGAGAUCACACAACGUAUUUUUCACUUGUUUCUGAUACUCUUUAGUUUUGUACUUCAAGAACUUCCAUGAGGUUCAAAAAGCUCGUGUUUCCCAUCUGAGUUGGUAAAUCCUGGCUGGGUUGGAGCACUGCCAUGUGAAACGGGUAAUUCAGUGUUGCUGUGUGCGUGCAGUCCAGAGAGAGGGCUUAGCCCUGCAUGGAAUCAUAAACACCACCUUCAGUUCAUUUGUGUUGUGCUGUAGCUCCUUUCUGCGCACCUAGAAGCGCUUCAAGGUGGUAAGUUAUGCACAGAUAACUGCUUCUGUCAGCCACUGAUGCAGCCAUUUCUGGGCUAGAGUGUUGCUAUUUCAGUGAAGCAAAUGUUGCACUUGUGGGGAAAAAAAUAAGAAAAGCUGUUUUUAACAGUUCUCUGAUUCUGACCUGGAGAGUUUAGGGCACUCAAGACAUCACUGCUUGAACAUGGGCUAGCUCACAGUGAGCAUCUCUGAACAGCUUGGUGACAAAAUAAUCCACUGAAUGCUUUCAAAGUAAAGAUUUUACAGCGUAAACCAUUAGGCUUUUCUCCUAAAUGAGUUGAUGUAGCAAAAUACCACAAGGUUGUACCUUUGUGGUGUGAGAUAAUCUGCAGCUAAAAUUCUGCUUUCCUCAUUUCUUCCAGGCUGUAGAAGCAAUGUCUUUUUCUUGCAGGCUGUAUGUACUCAUUUUAUUUGUCUUUUUCUCCUACUUGGAUCUUUUUUUUUCAAUGGCAUUGUAAACCUGGUUCACUCGCAUUCUGCUUCCUGUUAAGUGGAAUGUCUUUGGUGCUAGAAAAUAGCAAAGACUUCUUUGCCAGCUCUUGUUGACCUUUUUUAUAGCAGGACAACCUGCUAUGUUAAAGCAAAGGCUCAUGGUUUAUCAUGUGGAUCAGUUUUCGUGUAUGAAAACUGCUGCUUUGGUUUCUGAAGUGGCCUAUAAGUUCUUGUGGGAGGAAACCCCAUAAUCAGCACCAUGACAUUGUACUUCGUGUUUUCAGUUUUGUAAACAGUAGUUUGAGCUGAGUGUUUCACCUGACUGUACAAGGGAAUGGACAGAGAAAGCUGUGGCUUUUUUGUACUCCGUAGCAGAUUACAUAGCUUGGGAGCUGGUAUGUCUCUGUCUUUUCACCAAGUGCCCUUGUCCACUGCGGGUGGGGAUACAGUCACACAGUACGCAGGGUUCCAAGUAGAAACUGUUGGAGACUGAUAGGACAGAUGCUUUCUAAUGCCCAAAGAAACUCUCUGGGUUUCAAGUAGGCCCUACAUCUGUUUUUGAUCAUUUGCUCUCCUCAAACCUGGUUCAAACUCAUUCCAUACCUGCUGAAUAAUGUAGUUGGUUUUUAAAUGUUGGGAUUUAUUUCGGAUAAAGCCACACUGGCUUCCCCCAUGAGCCAGUCUCCGAUAGCUCUCAAUGCCAUAGCAUACAGCCAUAUAGACAGAUUUGUUCAGAACCACACUCAUCAGCUUUGGAAUCACUCCAGCAGUGUAAUGCUGCCAGGGCUUUUUCUCACCCAGAGCUGUGGGGUGCGGCACUGCAGCCGUGGUUUUGCCAAAGCAGCUCAGUGCGAAGCCAGGAAGGAUUUUGGAAAGCUAUGGGAAAUGGGAAAGCUAUGGGGAAAUAAUGUCUUGUUAGUCAUACCUGAGCUUUACUUUUUCCUCUUAUUGAUAUGCCUCCAGGUGCUUAGGUGUUGUUGGACAUCCAUGCAGAUGUUAAGUGAAAAUUAACCUUCAGAGAAAAGAGUUCAUCUUGUCUUAACAAGAGCUGAGAAAAUAUUUACUUGGAACAUAUGGGUUCAGUGUCUGCUUUUUUGUUUACCAGCAGUAAGUGCUGUUCACUCUCCUAUAUGCCAUGAUAGAAAACUGGAUGCAAAGUAGUCAAAAUGUAAUGAUGAUGGGGAUUUAAAUAUUUUUCAAUGGAACUUUUGGUGUGUAUGUGUGGUUUUUAUUCUAUUAAGCUGUAGCCUAGUGAAGUGGAGGGUUUGCUCAUUUAACAUUUUUUGCAGGUGUUUGUGAUCCGUAGUAACUAACACUUUUAACUUUUAAGGACUGUUAAAAGAUUUCAGAGUUGUCAGCUCUUAAUUGUAAAAUAGCCAACAGCUUUGCCUUUUUAAAGCAUGUCAUUGGUUUUUAUGGGCACUUCCUUUUGUAUACUGGGUGAAUGUAUUGUUAUAGAUUCAGUGUUUAAUGGACCAAUAAAGUUUUUCUUACAUUUGAA